CAGCUGCGGGGCAUUAUGGGGCGGAGAUGGCAUUCUAGUACACACACGGACAGACGACGGCGAAGCGAGGCUAGCGCGAGAGCUGUAACACACCUGCGAGCGGACACAGAUCUCGAUUAAAGGCGCGCGAGCGAGCUACGGUGUCCUGCAGACGGCAGUCGACGCUCGGAUUCUGGUGUCAUGGCCCAAAAUGAUUUGAUGAGCAACGCGGAGGACGUGGCGGAUCAGUUUCUCCGAGUGACGAAGCAGUACCUGCCUCACAUAGCGCGUCUGUGUCUGAUUAGCACGUUCCUGGAGGAUGGCAUUCGCAUGUGGUUCCAGUGGAACGAGCAGAAAGAGUAUAUCGAGACGACGUGGGGAUGUGGCUUCUUCCUGGCCACGCUGUUCGUGUUAAUGAACUUGCUCGGACAGCUGGGCGGUUGUAUUCUGAUCCUGAGCAGGAAUUUUGUGCAGUAUGCCUGCUUUGGGUUGUUUGGAAUCAUCGCCUUACAGACUGUCGCCUACAGCAUUCUCUGGGACCCAAAGUUUUUGAUGAGGAACCUGGCUCUGGGGGGAGGUCUGCUGCUGCUGCUUGCGGAGUCGCGCUCCGAGGGCAGGAGUAUGUUCGCUGGGGUUCCCACCAUGAGAGAGAGCUCUCCUAAACAGUACAUGCAGCUGGGGGGCAGAGUCCUGCUGGUGCUUAUGUUUAUGACGCUGCUCCACUUCGACACAAGCUUCCUUUCGAUCUUGCAGAACCUGGUGGGCACAGCUCUCAUUGUUCUGGUAGCGAUCGGUUUCAAGACUAAACUAGCUGCCCUGACACUGGUCAUCUGGCUGCUGGCUAUCAAUGUGUACUUCAACGCUUUCUGGACCAUACCAGCCUACAAGCCCAUGCACGACUUCCUCAAGUACGACUUCUUCCAGACCACGUCGGUGAUCGGAGGCCUUCUGCUGGUAGUAGCACUAGGUCCGGGUGGAGUGUCCAUGGACGAGAAGAAGAAAGAGUGGUGAGACGGGACUGAACUCAAAACGGCUCACUCGGUAGUUUGCCCUUUGGCAACAGCUUUCACACAAAGCAGGUACACUACUUAGGGAGGAAAGAGCCAAUCACAAACACCCCAGGACCAACAGAACGACCCGCUCUCCACAUCUCAUGCACUGUCUGUGUUUUCAUCUUGCGUGCUUACUGAAUCAUUUUCACCAGCACUUUUAGACAUAUUAGUUUGUCAUAUUUAUUUUCUAAGGUUCGGGUCAGAUUCUGUUAUUUGAGAACCCCACUGAAAAUCAGAAGCAUACGUGUUAUAAAAGCUAAAACCAUGUUGAAAAGAUAACUAAAUUGAUCUCCUUUGCCAUCUUUCUCUGCCUUUUUAUUUCGGUGCCAAUUGCAAAUCAGCAAACCAAAGACAUAUCCAUCUGAUAAUAUGUCCUUCUUCUUUUAAGUUCAAGUCAUUUAAUUGAUUGUCAUUAAUUUGAAGUAAAAUGGAAAGUCAAUUUAUUUCAUUUUAUUAUUUUUUUGGGGUCGUCAGUCAUGCUCCACGGGCUGUCUCCGAGCUGGAUUUCAACUGAUAUAUUGUUGCGGUGUUAAACUUUUGCACACUGGCUAUCACAAACGUGUCGAUCUCUCCGUGUCAACGGGCUAAACAAGUUCAAGAAGAUUUCACAAAGAGAAAUUCUUAUUCGUGGAAUAUUUUCUACCAUUUCAAAGUAGUUAAAUGUAAAGACAAAGUUUAAUGGUCAUUAUGAAGAGCGUUUCAUUCCAUUCUGAAGAUUAAUUUGGCUUCUCAUGUCUGUGUAAGGAGCUAUUAGUUUAUUAGCGUGUUCGCUGUCUAUCGUCAGGUCACUUUGAAGUUUACAAAAAGUGAAUUAUAGUGUUUCUCAACAAGCAGAGAGUGAGAUGACUAUUGAAACCCUGUGGUUUGUCAGACUCAGUGUUUAUCCUCUUUGUAAGAAAAUAGAAAGAAAUGACAAAAAUAUUGGUUUUCUAAGUGUUUUAAAUCUGUUUUGACAUAUAAAGGGAAAAGAAAAA